UUUGCAUUUUUAUUCGCAAUUGAUGCAAAGAAAACGAUUUGGUUAACGCUUCAAGAAUGUAUUAAUCAACGCCUUAUUGUGCCAAACGUUAUGAAGAUACUCCGUCGAUUGCCAGCCGUAGUCGAGUUGAAGUUGGAGUUGAAUAAGGUGGAAAGAAGCACUUCUACACAGCAAAUUCCAUUGAUCACAUUAGCGUUGAGGGAGCUUGUGUUGAGUCGUAGUGUGUGGCUAGAGAAUGCAGAAACUAGUUCAUGUUUUAUCUAUUUAAUUCAGUCAUUGGUCAAAGAAAGAUACGCUCAAGUGAAGCCGAAUCGAGAGGAACAAUCAAAGCGGAAUGAGAGUGCUGAUAACAAAGAGGAGCAGCAAUCGCAAGAACAUGAAGAAGGAACGACGGAUAAGUCAACGCAAGAUAAAUCAUCGAAAAAAUAUGGAGAAGUUUUGGAUUGUGCCGUGCUGAAUAGUUCAGAGCUGUUAAUGGAUUUGAUAUUGCCGUGGAUGUUCGCGUCGAAUGGAGCCGAGAUUGCGUUGGAUUUAUUGGCAAGGAUACUGGCCGAUUACGAGACAAAACGCACUCCGAUUGAUUCUUCUGCCGUUAGUCAUGUUAGCGGAGAUGAUCCGCAAAGAGCCAAUUUAUAUGAACGUUUCCCAGUGGCAUUAUGCAUUAAACUAUUGGUCGAUAUUGUUUGUCAUUAUGGGAAUGACGAUGAUGGUAAUGGUGGUGAUAAAAAUGCAACGAAGAGGGACAGAAAUGAGAGUAAUGCUCUGGUGGUGCAGAGUCUCGCGUUGAAAUGCUUGGCAAAUCUUGGCGAGAAAUUAAAACGUUCGUUCGUUCGUUCACUUUUCUCUGAAUGGUUCGCGAAUUUAGCGAUUUUGUUUUGA